AUGAGUGCGUCGGCGAACGCGGACACGAGUCAAACGGGUCAACCGACGACUCAGGGUCGUGUUUCUCUGCGUGACUUAUGUUCCCUAUUCUGCUGUCCACCGUUCCCGUCGGCCAUCGUGUCAAAGUUGGCAUUCAUGCCUCCGGAAUCAUCGUAUCGAAUGGAAACCGAGCCUCAAGGAGGGUGAGUCAUCUUUUGUUUGUUUCUUUAAUUUAGGUGACUGUCGAGGCAUUUAAUUCGCUUAUUGGACAUAUAUGAAUAGUAUAAUAGUCAGUGUUGAAAUAAUGAGUCAUAAGAUGCUUUUUUAUUUUUUGGAAAACGAAAUCUCGGCUUUUGUUACGAAAAAUGUGGCCGAAUUUUAGAAAAGUGCAUUUAAAAUGAAAAUAUUAAACAAUUAUACUCCAGGCAAUCUUUUUUUCCCUUUUUUAAAAUAUUUUAGGUAUCAACCGUUUUUAGCUAAUAAUUUUUAUUUUAAAUUUUUUUAAUGAUAUUUACAUUAAAGAAUCCUGUAUUUUACAUUAAAAAAGUUUUAUAUUAGAACAUUUACUUUAUUUCAGCGAACACAGGAUGGUUUUAUUAGAAAACCGAGCAGAAUGGCCUCAUGGAGAAGAAGAAUUUAGAAACGUUGAAGUCUUUUACACCCGAACUCGAAGGAAUAAUAAGAUAGCUUGUAUGUUUGUACGACCGCACUCGGCUGAUUCCCAAUAUACAAUUAUGUUUUCACAUGGAAAUGCGGUGGAUUUGGGACAAAUGUGCAGUUUUUACUAUGGUCUUGGCUAUCGACUUGGGUGUAAUGUGUUCAGUUAUGAUUACAGUGGUAGGUUUUGUUUUUUAAGAUACUCUGGUUAAUAAUGGCAUCGAAAAUUGGUUUAAAAAAGGUUUUAGUUAUAGUGGUCUUGUUGGGUUUUUUGAAGUAACGGAUAAUUGAAUCUGUUUUGAACACCAAUAUUGUAUGUAUUGUUUAAAAAUGUAUCUAAACUCACAUUCUAAGUAUAUGUUGCAGGUUAUGGCUGUUCAAGUGGUCGUGCAUCAGAAAAGAAUCUCUACGCUGACAUCGCCGCAGCCCUACAAGCCCUCAAGACGCGGUACCACAUCUCCGACGAAAAGGUCAUUUUAUAUGGACAAUCGAUAGGCACAGUACCUAGUGUAGAUCUGGCUAGUGCCAAUCCCAACAUAGCUGCUCUAAUAUUACACUCUCCCUUAAUGUCGGGUCUUCGUGUAGCUUGCGGUGGAGUUCAGAGGACGUGGUGUUGUGAUGCAUUCCCAUCGAUAGAGAAGAUACCGCGCGUACAGUGUCCAACAUUGGUGAUUCACGGCACUGACGAUGAUGUUAUUGACUUUUCGCAUGGAUUAACGUUAUAUGAACAAUGUCCGGCUAGUGUGGAACCACUAUGGGUUUCUGGGGCGGGUGAGUGUUUUUAUAUUUGGUAUUUUUGGAAUUUGGUUCUUUAAGAAAACAGAUAAGCAAAAUUUGAAAAUCAGGAAUUUUUGUACUAAAUUUUAUUGGAGUUACGAACUCAUUAUUACUUAUAAAUAAUGUGAGUUAGGCUUAAACGAAGUGAUUUAGUAACCCUUACAUGCUUUUAGGACACAACGACGUGGAACUGCACGGCGUAUACCUGGAACGGCUGAGAUUAUUCAUCGAAAACGAAGUAAAACCAAAAACGGCUGCACCAACUGGAUAA